UAUUAUGCUAAAGUGUUUGGUUACUAUCGAUUAAAUAUUUUCCAUCCAUUUAAAAAUGAGGGAAAUAUUAAGGCUUAUUUUUUCAGUCAUAUUAAUAAUAAAUUUAUCAGAAAGUGCGACUUUUUUAGAUUUGUUGAGGCAAUAUGGACUUGAUCAAAGUUAUCAAAUAGCUACUAGAACAUUACCAACUAAAAGUGAAUAUGAUUUUAUUGUCGUUGGAUCUGGACCUGGUGGUGCUCCAGUUGCAAAUCGUUUAUCAGAAAUUGGUGCCUGGAAAGUUCUUUUAUUAGAAGCAGGCAAACCUGAAGGAAUCUUUAAUCAAAUACCUCUUUUAACUGAAAAUGCCCAGAUGACUAAUUACAAUUGGGGAUAUCGAGUAGAGUCAGAUGGUAAAUCAUGUCUAGGAAUGAAAGAUCUACGUUGCACUUGGCCACGAGGAAAAUCACUUGGAGGUAGUAGUACAAUUAAUAAUCUUAUACACACUCGUGGAAAUAAAUUGGAUUUCGAUGAAUGGGCUAACUUGGGCAAUUAUGGAUGGGAGUAUGAAAAAAUUUUAAAGUAUUUUAAGAAGAGCGAGAGGUUCCGUAUUCCAGAAAUACGUGAUUCAUUUUAUCACAAUACUGAAGGCAAUGUUGAUGUUGAAUAUUCACAAUGGAGGACUCCAUUAGCCACAGCAUUCUUAGACGCCGGUAAAGAAUGUGGAUACAAUAUUACACAAGACUACAAUGGAGCUGAGCAAAUGGGCUUUGGUUAUAUACAGUUGGCUACUGAUAAAGGUGCUCGUUGUAGUGCAUCAAAAGCAUAUCUUCGUGUCAAACGACCAAACCUUGAUAUUGUACCAAGUGCUAGAGUGCUUCGAGUUCUUAUUAAUUCUCGCAAAGAAGCCUAUGGUGUGGAAUAUGAAAAAAAUGGAAAAAAAUAUGAAGUACAUGCAUCCAAAGAAGUAAUUCUUUCAGCUGGGACAAUUGAUACAGCAAAACUAUUAAUACUAUCGGGAAUUGGACCAAAGGAUCAUUUGAAUGAGUUGGGAAUACCACUUGUAAAAGAUGCUAAAGUUGGUUAUAAUCUACAAGAACACAUUGCAUUUUGGGGACUGUCUUUUAUUGUUGAUUUACCAGUGACUAUUCAAUUUAAAAGAUUUAUAAAUCCUAAACUAUAUUCUGAGUAUUUUUUCCGAAGAGAGGGACCUCUUGCAUCACCUGCAGGGCCAGAAGCUAUUGCAUUUGUACAGACCAAAUAUGCACAAGAUGCCAGACCAGAUAUUGAGCUCCUUCAAAUUUCAGCUGCAAUGACUUCUGAUAAAGGACUCUUUUUAAGAAAAGGAUAUGGUGUUUCUGAAAGAAUUUAUAAUGCAAUUUAUAAACCACUUGAAGGAAAAGAUUUAGUUACAGUUUGGCCAAGUUUACAGCAUCCUAAAAGUAGAGGUCGUAUUUUAUUAAGAUCAAAGAACCCCUAUGACGAACCAAUUUUAAAAGGUAAUUUUUUCGAUGAUCCUCUUGAUCUUGAUGUCAUCGUUGAAGGUAUCAAACAUACAGUUAAAUUGUUUAAUACUAAAGCCUUAAAAAAAUAUGGAGCAAAAAUAAAUUCACUCAAAAUACCCGGUUGUGAACAGUAUGAAUUUGGCUCAGAUGAUUAUUGGAAAUGUGGAGUUCUAUCAAUUCCAGCUAUGGAAAAUCAUGAAUGUGGCACAGCAAAAAUGGGUCCAAAAGACGAUCCAGAUGCAGUUGUAGAUCCCGAAUUGAGGGUGUAUGGUGUCAAUCGUUUGCGUGUUGUUGAUGCUUCAGUUAUGCCUUUAAUUCCAGAUGGCCAUAUAACUGCCAGUGUUUACAUGGUCGGAGAAAAAGGAGCAGACAUGAUCAAAAAUACAUGGCAAACAAAAUCAUAAUUUUUUGUUUUUUAAUUAAUACAACAUCAAUUUAACAGACUCAUUUAUUUUUUGUUCUAAUUUCUAUAUUUUAUGUAGAUAUAUUUUUUUUUUGUUUUUAUCAAUAAAAAAUAUUUUGAAUUUA